GUCAAAAUGUGGAGUAAAUUAUUAUAACUUACUCUUGGAGUCAAUAUAACCCUCCUCAAAUAUGAAUUAUAUUAAAUCAUGAUCAUCAAUCAUUUAUUAUACUCUACCGUUUUUAACAAAUUUAGUAAUAAAAAAAUUGAUUUGGAGUUAGUGUGAGGAAUUUGAAAAAACGAAUAUAAAAAUUAAUAAUGACUGUCUCAAAGAAAUGUAUCAGUUUGUUAAUAUAAAACUAGUGUCUUACCCGUGCGUUCGCACGGGUACCCGUCUGUCUCGCGCAUUGGGUUUUAGGGCACCUUAAUAAAAUAGGGAAAAUGAAUAUAUAUGUGUAAGUUCAUAUAAUAAGUUAAAAUAUUUUAAAUAGGUUAAAAAUACAUGUUGGACUUUAUAGUUGGUUAAUAUAUCUAAGUUAAUAGGACAUUAAAGUUUAUUGGGCCUUAGAAUUCUAGCCUUGGUGCAGAAAACCUAUUUUUAUUGUUAGACCUAAUAUGUUAAUAGGCCCACAAAAGAAUCCUAUUAUUGGUAUUGUUACAUAUAGAUGGCAUUUAAAUUGAAAGUAACGUUGGAUUCAUAACUCUUCAAACUGUUGGCAAUCAAAGAGGCUGUCUUUUGGUAUUGUUGGUGUAAGAAACGCAGGGUUGGGUAAUAAGUGUGAAGAACAAAAUGUCGCAGGCAAGAAGUUCCCCCGAUCGGUUGGAGUUGCAAACUCCAUGGAAGCAGCUCACAGUUGAGAGGAUACUGAGUGGGUCACAUGAGAAUGAUUAUGUUAUGGAGAAAUGGAAGAAACAACAUGAAAGAUUGAAUCGUGUCGAUGAUGGCGGUAAAGUUUCUGUAGAGGCUGCCAGGAUUGUUGAAAAUAAAGGGGAUGAUGGAGAUGGGAAUGAAUACAUAAUGAUAUCUUCUGAUAGUGAGAGGGAAAUGAGUCCUAUACAGGAAGAGUACGAAGAAGCGUACUGGACUCGUGAAGUUCUUGAUGUAAAGAAGUUUUGCUCAAAUGUUAUGCAUAUUCCUGCAGAAAUAGUAGAGAAAUGUGGGCUAGCUGGAAUGUCAGAGAUUACCCUCAAUGAUGUGGACAACGGGUACCCAUAUGAGUGCAAUGUGAAGAAGAGGCCAAAAAAAAAUGAAACAUAUUUGUAUGGAGAAUGGUUUGACUAUGUAAGGGCAGCGGAAUUGAAAGAAGGUGAUAAAGUGCACUUUGUGAUUUAUUACCCGCCAGUGUUAGAUAUUAUGGUAACAGUGGAGCGCAGUGGUGAUCGUUCAUAGAGCUGUUGGUUAGGCAAUGUUUGUGGUGGAUGUAUAGGGCCUUUUUUUAUCAGUUUGGUUUGUAUGGGAUUUAUGGUUUUGUUGUUUUUUGUAAUGGUGGAUGUGAACCAAGUUUAACAAUUAUGCCAUUAUGUAUGGUUUUAAAUUGAAUAUUAACAAUGUUGGUUGUAAGUUUCAUGGAAUGAGCCUAAUCUGCCCUGAUUUUUAUUCAAAAUUGAUUACCAUUCUGUUUUAAAAUUAAGUAUUGUUUAUUAUAAGUAUUGAACAUGAUAUCUAUCAAACUUGAUAGGUUAGUAUAAGUUCGUGUAUGGCUCCUGUAAAUGGUAGGCUAUUAAAUCUAAUUGGUAAACACACAACAAUGGACAUAUGAAUAGUUGAAAAUUCAAUUUAAUAGUAUAUGUUAAAGAGUAGUACGAUAAUAUUAAAUGGUUAUAAAAUAGUUGUAAUGUGUUAUAUUAUAUUGGAAUGUGAAAGAUCAAUUGGGUUAUGGGCAGUUAAUGUUUUUCGUGAGGAAUAUAAAUAAAACGAAAACUGUUUAGAAGUGAUGUAAAUGCAAAGAAGACUAAUUGAACAAUUGCAUUGAAUUCUAUUGGACGGUGGAAAAGUAGCAGGUAUGUGAAGAGUCCAUUUAGAGUGUUAUAUAAGUAAUGUGCAGAUAGUUUGAUAGCACUAAACACUGAAGCAUUCAUCAUUACUCUGCAAUCAACAGUGUAAGCUGCGAAUUUCUGAAAAGAUGGAAGGAAGAGUUGAUCAAGCAAUGAGAGGUAAAGGUAAACACAUCAUUUGAAAGUUUGCUCUGUUACAUAUUGUAUUUAAAAGUUAUAUAUGGUUGCAUGCAGGUGAAGAAAACUCUGUCAACCAAAUGGCUGUGGGGAAAGCUGUCACCUCUGAUAACUCUGUAUGCCAUGAACCUGUUGUUGAUGAUUUUAGUUGCCAUGUAGAACAGCCUGCUAAGUUACAAUAUUGUAUCUGGAAGCAAGAUGUGUCCAACGGGAAGAUGGCUCAGUCAUGUCUUCUUGAAAUUCCUGAGCAUGUUGUGGCAAGUCGCUGGCUCCAUGGAGCAAGGUUUGUAGAUUUGGUUGACUGGGAAAGGGAAGUCAGGUAUGAAUGUGAAGUUCAUCAUACCGAAAAGGGUCAGAUGUUUUUAGGGCGUGGUUGGUACAAAUUUGCCAAAGAAAGGUGCCUGCUUGAUGGAGACUCUAUGGGCUUCAGCGUUAAGGAUCCCAUCAGCAAGGAGAUACUUGUAACAAUGUUGAAAUAUUGAAAAUGAUGUCAAAGUUUGUUAUAAGUAUCUAAGUGUUUAACUUUUUGUAAUUUUCUGGUGGACUUAGGUCCACCUUUAUAUU